GAUCCUUUUAUAUGUCUAAUCACAGAUUACACUCUACAAGACACUUCAUGAUCUUUCAUGAAAAAAAUACUUAGUAAAUCAGUAUUUGUCAAUUUAAUGUUUUAAUUAAAAAUCCGGGUUUCUUGAAUUAUUGUAAAUGUACCAAUAUCGACAUGGCUUCAACUGAACUUGAUUGGGGUAAAUAUGCAGACGAGCAGGAAAAGUUAUCUGCGAAGGUGUCCAGCUUAAAUUUAGACAAACCUGUUAAAGACAGCAAUGCAAGUACAGACUCCAAGAGUGAUGAUGGAACAGACGAACAGAUCUCCCCUGCAGAAAAAUCUUUACUUCAAAAAAUUAUACGUAAGGGCUUGAUAGAAACAACAAAGGAUCUAGAGAUUCAGAGAAAAGAUCCAUCUUCCCCAUUAUACAGUGUCAAAACAUUUGAAGCACUUCAUCUUAAACCAGCCCUCUUAAAAGGAGUAUAUUCUAUGGGAUUCAAUGCCCCAUCAAAAAUUCAAGAAACUGCAUUACCUACUUUGCUUGCUGACCCGCCUCAAAAUAUGAUUGCUCAGUCACAAUCUGGAACUGGUAAAACAGCAGCCUUUGUGCUAGCAAUGCUUAGUAGAGUUGAUACUACUAAGAAUUACCCUCAAGUACUUUGUUUGUCGCCAACUUAUGAAUUAGCUAUACAAACAGGAGAAGUAGCAGCUAAAAUGUCUGCAUUUUGUAGUGAAAUAAAAAUAAAAUAUGCUGUUAGAGGAGAAGAAAUAAGUCGUGGAUCAAAAAUUACAGAACACAUUAUUAUUGGAACUCCGGGAAAAGUAUUAGAUUGGGCUGUUAAAUUCAAAUUCUUUAGUUUAAGUAAAAUAUCGGUUUUCGUUUUGGAUGAAGCAGAUGUAAUGAUUGCAACACAAGGUCAUCAGGAUCAAUGCAUUCGUAUUCACAAGCAACUCCCACGUACAUGCCAGAUGAUGUUCUUUUCCGCAACUUAUGAACCAGAAGUAAUGAAAUUUGCAGAAAUUAUAGUCAAUAAUCCUUUGAUAAUACGAUUGUUGAAAGAAGAAGAGAGUUUAGAUAACAUUAAGCAAUACUAUGUGAGAUGCAAAGAUUUAGAUGAAAAAUAUGCAGCUAUUACUAAUAUUUAUGGUGUAAUAACAAUAGGACAAGCAAUUAUUUUUUGCCACACCAGAAGGACAGCCAAUUGGUUAUCGGAAAGAAUGACGAAAGAUGGUCAUGCGGUAGCUGUUUUAUCCGGUGAAUUAACUGUAGAACAAAGAAUAUCAGUUUUAGAUCGAUUUAGAGCUGGUCUCGAAAAAGUUCUCAUCACAACCAAUGUCUUGGCCAGAGGUAUCGAUAUUGAACAAGUAACUAUAGUAGUAAAUUUCGAUCUUCCAAUGGAUCAAAGUCGACAGGCAGAUUGUGAAACGUAUUUACACCGAAUCGGUCGAACAGGACGAUUCGGUAAAUCUGGAAUUGCUAUUAACCUAAUAGAUUCACCACAUGCAAUGCAACUUUGCAAAGAUAUAGAAAAACAUUUUGGAAAGAAAAUACAUUAUCUUGAUGCGGAAGAUGCAGAUGAAAUAGAAAAAAUUGGAGCCUAGAUUGAUAUGUAAGAGAUACAAUUAUGCUUUCUAUUAAAUAGGCGUAAACAUAUUGUAAUACUUCUUUUAAAAAAUAGACAUUUGUAUUCUUAA